UUCGUUGGGGGUGGGGGGGGCGUCAAGGUAACGGGCGCGAGCACGCGGCUUAGGCUUGCCAGCCUUUUAAAUGUUGGCUUGAAACGGCCGUUUGUUCAGCUCGAGCGGAGAGCGGCUCUUUGAAUUGAUACGGGCAGCGGCGGUGGAGUCCGGAAAUGUCAGUGUACCAGAAUCGAGUAAAUUUUCAUGGAUUUGUACCAUGAUUGAUUCCCUAAUCGAGGAAUUACUAAGGAAAUUGAUGAAGUUGCUUUGGAUGGAUGUUAACCUUCAACUUUGCUGCCCUAUGACAAUACUGCAGCUGUACCAAACUGAACAAUUCAUAUGCGCCUGAUAUAACAAUGUUAUCUGCUAAUGUGAUCACGACCAGCAGAUCAGACUGGGUCUCCUUUAAUGAUGAUGCACAAUGCACAGUUUAUGCAAGUGAAGCAGGUUCAAGAGUGCUUCCUAUUUCAGAAGUCAGCUGGACAACCCAUUCUGAAGAACUCGAUAAUCUGAGUUUGGCUUUGUCUAACACAGAUUUGCAUUCUACUGAUACGGACAAUCUGCACAGUAGCAGAAUUUCCAGACCUGAGACUCCAGAAACAGGCUCUUAUUAUUGUCACCAUGGAACAAGAACGGAAACAGUGAAUAGAAAUCCCAACAACAUGCAGCUGAAUGGGUGCAAGAUGUCAACAGCACGCUUUUCAAGCUGGGUGACAUUUGAUGAUGAUCCAGAUCUUAUUUCACCAGUACAAACAUCUCUUCUAAAACCAGGAAUUUCUCACAACGGUACAACUCAAGAAAACGACAAGAUUCUCCAGGGGCCUCAAACAGGCUUUGAAAAAACAGCAUCAAAGAAUAAUUUGGUGGAUUUUUCUGCUGAAGAAAAGAAUGAUGCACUUGCACUAAUUAGUCCAACCAUAAACCCAUUUUCACCAGUUCGCAGCACUAACCCUUUUUUGGAUGAAUCUCUACGUGAUGUCCAGCCAUCACCAAUCAAUCCAUUUCAAGCAUUCUUUGACCAAAAUGAAAAGCCAGCCUUGGUGAACUCAUUAGCAAACACAUCUCAGAUCUUUCAACAGCAAAAUGUACCGGAUUCUCCAUUUUCUGAUUCACAUCCCGAUUGCCAAAAGGAUUCUGUUCCUACAUCAGGUCAUCCUCCAGAUCCUAUUUCCCCAUAUUUUGGAAAUCUAAAUGAUCAAAGGAGUUUAGUUGUGUUCAAGAAUUCUCCAGAUUUGGCCUCUCCACUUACAAUUGGAAGUGCUAAUGAUCAGGGGGAUUCUGUUUUCAUUAAUUCUUCGAAUUUGAUGUCCUCAUUUUCUGAUGCAAAAAUCAGAAAUCAAAGGGAUUCUAUUAUUUUCAGUGAUGAAGAAGAUCUGAUUCCCCCAUUUCCUGAUGGAAAACCUAAUAAUCAGAUGGAUUAUUCUAUAAUCAUGAAUUCUGAAGAUAUGAUCUCACAACUUCCUUCUGCAAUUGUAAAUGAUGGAAACAUCAAUAGUCAAAGGGAUUCUAUUAUGGCAUUUGACCACUGUCCAGACUCUCCCUUUUCCAGUUCUCACAUUAAUGGUCAAAGAGAUUCUAUUAUGUUUAGUAAUGCUUUAAAUGCCACAUUUACAGAUGACCCAAUAAACUACAGCUCUCAUCUUGAUGCUCUAACUCGGCUUAAACAAAUUCACAUUGAGGAUCCAGAUCAGCUUGAUCGUCAUACCUUACCUGAUGAUCCUUUGCACUCUCCAGAGGCAGAAAGCAAUACAUUUAACUUUAACUACCUGCAGCCUAAGGAUGGUUGGCCAAUGAUGCUGAGAAUACCUGAGAAAAAGAACAUCAUGUCAUCAAGACACUGGGGCCCUAUAUAUGUCAAAAUGCUAGAUAAUGCAUGUUUACAACUCUUUUAUGAAAAGGGUCUUGAGAAGCCUUUUCGGGAGGUUCAGCUUCUGCCCUGCCAUGAGCUGUCUGAACUGAAACUUCAGAACUUUGAUGAAAAUGGGAAAAUACACACUAUAAGUAUAGAUAAAGUAUUAUACAAGGAAAAACGGAAAUAUCAUCCUAUGCUAACAGUAGUACAGACACCAGUCCGGGUGCAGGUGAUGAAAUUGGGCACCACAAUUUAUGAAGAUUAUGUAAGUUUUGUGACUACAGUUCAGGAUACACUAAUGAAAUUACCGAGUGCCAGAGAUAUUUGUGCCAAUUAUUUUGAAGAAGAGAUAACUGUGGAAGUACAGGAUGAAUUUAAAGGUAUUGUGGCUAAAGCAGACAACAGACUCAUCCAGCAUUCUGUGGUUACUCAUGUCAAUGUUCUGGCUUUUGUGUCUGGAAUGCCAGAAUGUAGGAUAGGCUUCAAUGAUGUUCAGAUGAAGGGACGUGAAGUUGUGUCAAGGCAUGACAUUAUUCCCACAACCACAACUAAAUGGAUUAAAAUGAAUGACUUCCAGUUCCAUACAUGUGUGGUUGUUGAUGAAUUCAAAAAUUCCAGAUUAAUUAAGUUUUUACCAUUAGAUGGUCAUAGGUUUGAAUUAUUGCGUUUCAGGACUACCUUUGGUGAAAAGACACUUCCUUUCUCCCUUAAAACCUUAGCAACUGUUAAGGGUGCUGAAGUGGAGCUUCAGUCUUGGUUGGUGAUGUCAUCUGGGUUUGUGUCUAAUCGGGAUCAUUUUGCAGCAAUGCCUUGUGAAAAUGUGAUGAUUCGGUAUCCAGUCCCAACAGAUUGGGUUAAGAACUUUCGACGAGAAGGUGUCUUGCGAGAAAAGUCCCUGAAGGCCAGAGUUAAUAGGAGUGCCAGCUUUGGUAGUGCUAGCAUGUCUGGCUCAGAGCCUGUCAUGAGAGUAACAUUGGGAAGUGCCAAGUAUGAACAUGCCUUUAAGGCUAUUGUAUGGCGAAUCAACAGACUCCCGGACAAAAAUUCAGCUUCAGGCCAUCCACAUUCUUUUUACUGCCACCUUGAACUGGGAUCUGACCGGGAGGUGCCUGUUAGUUUUGCCCACUAUGUGGAUGUGGAAUUUGACAUGCCCAGUACUUCAGCAUCCAAAGCAGCAGUUAGAUCGAUUGGAGUGGCUAAUAAGAGUGAUGUGAGAAAAUGGGUUGUUUACAAAGCUCACUACAGUUAUCAGGUGGAAAUGGAACAGAAAAAAAUUCAGGCUGCAAAUGUGGACGGUAUGGAAACUGAUCAUCCAAAUGAGUGUGUUCAGCAAUGAAACCCUCUAAAUUCAGAAGCAAGAUAAUCGACUUAGUACUUUUACGAUGGAAAUUCAACCCGUCUAUAUAUCAAAUAGCACAAUGCUGCUAUUAUACAAGUUUCAAGCACUGAAGAGAACAAAAGAGAAUUUUGAAUUCAGUAUUUUAUGAAUUUGAUUGGGCCAAGAUACCGUGGCAGGAGCAGUUAAGAACCUGGAUGACAGAACAAGUGUGGAUUAAAUUCCUCUGUACAGAUUUUACGGUCAUUCUCACUAAAUAAUGCAUAACUGAUAUUAUUUUUAAUCUUGUGCAUACUCAGAAACUUAAGCAAAGUUGAGAAAUGUGGGGAAUACAAGUCAUAUUUUAGGGUAAAUAUUGAUCUUUUAUUUUGUUGUUGUUUUCCCAUUUCUUUGGGGGUAGAAGACAAGAAUCAUCUCACAUUUGCAUUCAGGAGCCCUCUUUGCCCUUGCCUUCCUGUUCAGUGUGUAUCUGAGAUUGAGGUUUGUUAACGGAUACUUUUUCAAAUGGCUCUGAAAUGAAAAUGUUGAAAUUUAAAGAUGCACUGGUUCAUUCCUUUGAUCUGCUGAGAGAUGAUAGUUUUCAAACUCCAUGAUUGUCUAUUUUUUAAAAAUUGAAUAGCCUUUGGAACAAUGAGGUCUUGUACUUGAAAAUUAAAUGUUUUGCAGAGCUGCAAACAAUUAUUUUAUUGCUAAUAUUCUAUUUCAGUUCAACACUGAUUUCUUAGUUAGAUAGACAUUCUGACUGUCAUACUGACUAGGAAUACAGAUUCAAGCCCCAGCCUGAGGUGAAUUUGCUGAUCUCACUUCUGGCAUCAAUGCUAUAAUUAGCCUCAGCAUCUUUGGCACAGCAAAGAAAAGAAUCAGCUCAAAUUUGCGUCAUUUGUUAAAUUCAGUAUGAACCACUCGGUAUCCUAACUCAUAAGUUAUGCAAGUCU